AUGAAACUAUGCAAGUUUAGUUUAGCAUGCAAGUUCUAUCGUGCAAAUCCAUCUGGUGCAUCUAUUCCUGCACCAAUAGUUGUACCUGGUUUAGCAUGUAAAUUCUAUCGUGCAAAUCCAUAUGGUGCAUCUAUGCCUGCACCAACAGUUAUAACUGACACCAACACUAUUAGUGUUGGUGAUAUUAGAGUUCCUUUCAACACCGGUACUAGCAGCAAUAAUGAAGUACUACUUGAAAAAGGGAAUAUUGUUAUCGACUCCGGUUCUACGGUAACAUCUCUACCAGCUGAUUUUUACGCAUCAUUUGAAGCAGAAAUGAAGAAAGCCAUUACAGUUGAUCCUGUUAUUGAUCCUAAUACAAGUUUAAGAAUAUGUUAUCCAGGGGAUUCAGACCAAAGUUCGGUUCCAACCAUUACUGCUCAUUUUACUGAUGCUGAUAUUGUUCUUAAUCCCUUGAACCUUUUCAAACUAAACGGCGACAAUGAUGAGCUGUUUGCAUGUCUAGCAUUCCUGCCAACAGACGACGUGGCCAUCUAUGGGAAUAUAGUUCAGAAUAACUUCAUUGUGGAAUAUGACCUUGUGAACAAGUUGGUAUCAUUCAUGUCAACAACAGAUUGUCGAAUGCCAUAG